UUUCUGUUUGUUAUAUCACCUCAGAAGCCAAGCGGGUGAAUGAGGGGUGCUACUUCACUCUUGGAUCGUCACUGGACGAAGGCAGGAAGAUGUUGCAUGUUGAGCCCCCCUUACAUCCAGAAGGGGGCACUCUCUACGUCCAUACAUUUCCAAAUCUUCUAGAGGACAUUGAAUACGAGCGGCCAGCCUCUGUGGCUCACCUCCCGCAUCAACUUGAAGAAUCUAGUUAUCUCACCUUCUGUCGUGCGGUCUUGGAUGACUAUGACAGAAUGCUGCAAGAAAAAUACACAAAUGAGGAACGGUCAUCUGGUGGUAGCGAACCGGUGGGGGACGAAUGGGAUAUGUGGAAUACCCAGCAACAGACGGAAGGGGCGCCCCAAAAGAAUGGUUAUGUUUUCGAAUAUUUGGAAUCACAGAGUUUCGACCUGUCUGCUGUCGAACCACCGUCCAUUUAUCAAGAUUUACUUCUGUAUAACCAACUUACUGCAGACUACUCGUGGAUGGGUGUAACUGUUGCUGUGAACUGGACUGUGAAGUUGAGAAACUUUGAUCGUGCGCACGAGACUCGAUGGAGCAGCCUCCUUUUCCCGGAUUCUUCGUUUAGUGGGAAUGUGCCAACCUUCGACGGAAAUAUCAAGGAACAUGCUCUAAUACUCUGGUUGAUGAAGAUCCCCUUUGACGGUGACCCCCCUAUAAGCUCACCAUCACCCGAUGAUUGGGACUCAGAUGAUGGGCCAUAUAUCAAGCUCGACCUCGUCCCAAAGUCCAUGUCUCCGGUGUCGGCUCCAUCCACUAGAGUUAUCGCCUUUGACCUCUUUGGUACUAUCUUAGAUCGUGAUGGCGCCAUAAAUGAUGCUAUGCGGCUGCUGUCGCCAACGCAUCCCGACAGACACCUACUGUCUGAAUUGUAUCUCGAGUGCGAACUUAUGAGACACAGAGACAACUCUGAUGCACCAUAUACCUCCAUCGUGCGGCAAGCUCUGGAGGAUGUCUGCGUGUUUCUGGAAGUGCCGCUAAACGAAGUCGUACUCUACAAAGCUGUCCAGGCUGUACUGCAACCUAGUUUAUAUGCCGAUGCAGAAGCAGCUGUAGGGACGCCCCUGGAUCAGGGUUAUGCGCUGCUCGGUCUUCCGAUCCCGGACGCAAGGUCUUUUUUACCUCUGCCACUUCCAUUUGGCCUCAAUGUCGAUAACGAACCUGCUCCUCUUUCGAAUUCAUUCAGUCAAAACCAUUCCAUUUUGCAGGCCUCUUGGAGCGCUGUCGCUCAGCAUGUAGUACUGCCGAAAAAAGCCAGGUUCUGGUAGUGACAUCUAGUUGUUACCAAGUGAUGGAACCGGCAAGCAUGGCAGGUUUCCCAACUGUUCUUGUUAGACGUCCUGGAGACCUGGGAUCAGGAGUCAACCUCAGGACAAGUCGCCCUACCCUGUUGAUAGACAGAUUGCAAGCUCUACCCGUAAAGCUGCAAAACACCUCACUUAUCCAUUGCCCUUCACCGCCUCAAAUGCAACCUUAUAUUGGCUGUACAAUGCCAUUGCGUGUCCGUGGCAUGUAUCAGAUGACAAAGUUGCUUGGAACGGGAAGCUCUGGACACGUUACUAGUGCUUUCCACAUCCUCACAG